AUGGAUAUCGACGAGAUCUUUGCUUGCUCUGGCCUAACCUCCCGUCCACCGGUUCAACCGUCAGUGACGUUUACACCAGAUCUGCAACACAUGCUCUUUCACCGUCACACCCUAAGCUCGCCGCCGGAUCUUUCAGAUUCGCUGGAUUCACCUUCCCUUACCGUGUUGAUCUCCGCUUCAUAUCCUCGGCUGUUUCCACCUCAUCCUCCGACGUAUGCACAACUAUCUUCUUCGUCGAGAUCUCAUAAGAUUAUUGUAAAUUGUAAUGCUCAUGUCUCGCAUCUAUCUCCAUCUUCCAUGUGGGCGAGGUUCUUCGUUGAUGAUACCCACCUCCUGGAUCCGUAA